AUGAAUCUUUUCCGUUUGCUAGGUGACCUCUCUCACAUGGUGAGUUGUGGUAUCUUACUAUAUUCCAUUGAGAGUAACCGUUCCAUCAAUGGAAUUUCGCUCAAAACCCAUUCUCUCUAUUUGUUGGUGUUUGUCAUUCGUUAUGUAGACUUGCUCUACAAGUUUUUCUCGGUCUACAAUUCUUUAAUGAAGGUGUUUUUCAUCAGCACGUCUGUCUACACGUUGUACCUUAUGGAUAAGAAGUAUCCCAAGACUAUUCGCGAAGAUGUUGACACAUUUCCUGUGAAGCUUCUCCUCGGAUUUGCAGCCGUUUGCUCUUUAAUCUUCACACAUGCUUACUCUGUGAGAGAGGUGACGUGGUCGUUCUCUGUAUGGUUGGAGGCUGUGGCUAUCUUGCCGCAAUUGUUCAUGUUGCGUAGAACUGGCCUGGCAGAAAAUAUCACUGUGCACUAUAUCUUUGCAUUGGGUAUCUACAGAGCCUUGUACAUCUUCAAUUGGCUCUAUAGAUACUUUGCUGAGGGCAAGUAUGACUAUGUGGCUAUAUUGGCUGGUAUCUUACAGACGUUGAUCUACUCAGACUUCUUCUACAUCUACUACACCAAGGUGAUGCAAGGUAAGAGUUUCGAGUUGCCUGUCUAG